UCAGAGAAAGAGAGGAGAUGGCAAGAAGGUAUUGCUACAAAGAGGUCUUGCCAUUCACAGCCAUGGUUGCAGUAGAAUGUGGAAACGUAGGAGUCAACAUCUUGUUUAAAGCUGCAACUUCCAAGGGGAUGAGCUACUAUAUCUUCAUCACCUAUUCUUAUGCUAUUGCGACCCUUGUUCUCCUCCCUUUGCCCUUCAUCUUUUACAGUAGAGCAGUGCUUCCACCAUUGAAGUUCCAUCUGAUCUCGAGAAUAUGCCUCCUUGGCCUUAUUGGGUUUUCAGCUCAAAUAUGUACAUAUAAAGGCAUAGAAUAUAGCUCUCCAACUCUUGCCUCAGCGGUCGGCAACCUCUCACCAGCUUUUACCUUCAUACUUGCUAUCCUUUUCAGGAUGGAAAAAGUAGCAUUGAGAAGCUCAACCACUCAAGCUAAAAUCAUGGGCACCAUAGUGUCAAUAUCAGGUGCACUAGUAGUAGUUCUCUACAAGGGCCCCAAAGUUUUUUCCUCCUCGCCUUUGACAUCAUCAUCAUCAUCAUCAUCAUCUGUUUUACUUCAAUGGCCUCCAGAGUCAUCAGCACAAUCAAACUGGGUUAUCGGUGGGGUCCUAAUUGCAGUUGCCUAUCUUCUUUAUUCAUUCUGGUACAUUAUUCAGACCCAAGUCAUGGAGAUAUACCCACAAGAGUUGACUGUGGCUUUCUUUUACAACUUGUGUGCCACAUUUAUAGCUACACCAGUUUCCUUGAUAGCAGAAUCAAAGUUGAGUUCUUGGAGACUAACACAAAGCAUAGCAGUUGUUACAGUCCUAUACUCAGGAGUAUUUUCAUCCUUUAGCUCUUCUGUGCACAUAUGGGGUCUUCACUUGAAGGGGCCUGUUUAUGUUGUAAUUUUCAAGCCUCUGUCAAUUGCCAUAGCUGCUUUUAUGAGUGCCAUAUUCCUUGGUGAUACUCUGCAUCUUGGAAGUGUGAUAGGAGCAAUUAUCUUAUCCAUGGGAUUUUAUGCUGUAAUAUGGGGAAAAGCAAAUGAAGAAGAAAGGAUUGAUGAUGACACUGCCUUAGGUAGUUUGGGGCGCUUAUCCAAUGAUAAAGCCCCUUUGUUGCAAAGCCAUAAAGUGGAAGAUAUAUAGCACAAAGAUUAUCUACAAAAAUUAUAGCAGGUUCAAUGUUUCCUCAAUCAUCAAAUAGAAGGUUUGGGAAGUUAUAUUGGAAACUGUAUAGUAUGUGCUUUUGGUUAUCUUUUUGGUUGAAAUAUCAAACAUAGACAUAGAGUACUUGUAAGUAACAGAGAAUGAUCACCUUUUUAUCAGACAAUCAAGAUUUCCGUGCUUUAACAAGUGCUGAGAAUGAAGGAUUGAUAACCUCAUUUAUUUAACCAAGUAAUGGCACCUAUCAAAGGAAGAUGAUGUGGCAGGUGUUUAAACAUACUUAGACGAAAGAUCCUGUCUAAGACCAUGCAAUGUGUUAGGCUUAAAUUCCAAA